AUGGACGUGGACGUGGACAUGGACGUGGACGUGGACAUUGACGUGGACGUGGACGUGGGCGUGGACGUGGACAUGGACAUGGACGUGGACGUGGACAUGGACGUGGACGUGGACAUGGACAUGGACGUGGACAUGGACGUGGACAUGGACGUGGAUGUGGACGUGGACGUGGACAUGGUAGUGGACGUCGACGUGGACAUGGACGUGGACGUGGACGUGGACAUGGACGUGGACGUGGACGUGGACCUGGACCUGGACGUAGACGUGGACGUGGACAUGGAUGUGGACGUGGACGUGGAGGACUUAGACGUGGACAUGGACGCGGACGUGGACGUGGACGUGGACAUGGACGUGGACAUGGACGUGGACGUGGACAUGGACGUGGACGUAGACGUGGACAUGGACGUGGACGUGGACGUGGAUGUGGACGUGGACAUGGACAUGGACGUGGACUUGGACAUGGACGUGGACAUGGACGUGGACAUGGACGUGGACAUCGACGUGGACGUGGACGUGGGCGUGGACGUGGACAUCGACGUGGACGUGGACGUGGGCGUGGACGUGGACAUGGACAUGGACGUGGACGUGGACAUGGACGUGGACGUGGACAUGGACGUGGACGUGGACGUGGACGAGGACAUGGACGUUGACGUGGAUGUGGAGGAGUUGGAUGUGGACAUGGACGUGGACAUGGACGUGGACGUGGACGUGGACGUGGACAUGGACGUGGACGUGGACGUGGACGCGAACAUGGAC